AAAACUAUAGUUAUGCAAAAUUAGUAAUGAAAUUCCGAUAACACGGACGAAGCAAGGCCAGUAGCGUAGUCUCGAUCCCCUCUCCGAGUAAUUAGGAGUGACGCCUCUGCUUUCGUUCAGUACUCUUUGGCAAGCGAACCGUAUAACUUCGUCAAGGGUUGCUUGCUUUGACUCAACAUAUAUGAAGUUCUUAAUUUCUAAAGUAUGCUAGUAGCAUUCUAGUAGCGGAUAUACACACAUAAAUAUACUUAGUUUUUUUUUCGUGUGUUUAUAGAAAUGGAAAAUCGAUAGUUUGGUUUGGAAAGUGCGAUGUAUUAUAUUGACUCUGCUAGUUUGUGAGAAAUAAAUUAGUUUGAGAAGGUGAUUUUUGUCUUGAUUCGUAUUGUGUGACGACUUCAGAACGGCAAAUUAUUGCCGGCACCAGCAAGAUAUAGACAAUAAUUGAAUUCGUUCGUAGUGCAGUGAAGUGACUAGAACAAGUGCAGUGAGUUAUCGAAAAUGUCGGGUUUUGUGAAAAUCGCUAUCGACGAUUACUAUUCGGACAGCAAUUGGACCACUAUUAUUGAAAAAUACUGGUUGGCAGCCGAAAAAGUGUCAGAUCCUCGGGUCCAAGGAUGGUUCCUCUUCGACACGCCCCUCCCCACCCUGGCCAUGGUCAUAGCGUACCUGGCCAUAGUCAUGGUCAUAGGUCCGCUAUGGAUGGAAAACAAGAAACCCUUUAAGCUGAACAAUGCCUUGGUGGCGUAUAAUGCUUUCCAAGUUUUGCUGUCAUCUUACAUGUUUUAUGAGCACUUAAUGUCGGGAUGGUGGGGCGACUACAGUUUGGCGUGUCAGCCCGUUGACUACAGCGAGAGCGAACAGGCGAGACGGAUGCUGCAUCUAUGCUGGGUGUACUACUUUUCCAAACUGUCCGAGUUUGCGGACACGAUAUUCUUCGUUCUUCGGAAGAAGAAGGGCCAAGUCUCCUGGCUACACCUGUACCAUCACUCCCUCACUCCGUUCGAGGCGUGGGUGCUCGUCAAAUUCAUUGCUGGUGGCCACGGCACGUUCUCCAACAUCGUCAACAACAUGGUCCACAUCAUCAUGUACACGUACUACAUGUGCUCCGCGAUGGGACCACACAUGCAGAAAUAUCUGUGGUGGAAGAAGCAUCUUACCACCGUUCAGCUGAUCCAAUUCUACAUGGUGCUCUUCCACUCAAUCAGCGCUCUGUUCUUCGACUGCGGAUAUCCUAGGAUCAUUGCCUUCGGCCUCGUGCUUCACUCCACUAUCUUUAUCGUCCUCUUCACCAACUUCUACAUCCAGGCCUACAAGAAGAAACCCAAACCACCCACCAACAACAAUACCAUCACUAACGGAUACGCCAAAAACGGCCAUAUUCCUAAUGGCCAGGAAUCUACUAGCCAAGAGAUGAAUGGCAAAAUUCCCAAUGGCCAGGAGAUGAACGGGAAAAUUCCAAAUGGAUUGGAGAUGAACGGCAAAAUUCCAAAUGGCAAUGGACACAUCAAAAACGGAUGCCUAAAUGGUGAUGUCAGAGAAAAAGAGAAGGUGCAAUAAGACUUUUGUAGGCGUAAUGGUUGCGUUUUUAUCGCAAAAUAAGUAUGUGUCGCUUACCCGUCAGAAUGUGUAGUUUUAUCCACAGCGAUAAAUGAUAAAAACGCAAUCAUUCACAGCCACCCUGUUGCUUUAGUUCCGUAAGGAGAAUUUCGUGCCCUUGUCUUCAAAAUGUCAACAGUCAUGACAUUUUGAAUUAAUUUAUCUUAAUUUAACUGUAUCAGGGCACUUAUUAAGCUCAUGGUCGUAGGAAUUCCAAAAGAAAGGUUCAAUGCCAAGACCAUUAUGCGCAUGACGAAAUUUUGCAUCGACAUAGUCGCUUACCAUUUUUUUAUUAUGAUAAGAGCUGUGGGAUGUGGAAAUUGGUUUAUCUGUAUGACCAUUUGAAUGCCGUAUUUACUUAUGUGAAUACUAGCGUCUUUCAAAUUUUUCUAUUUUCUAUUAACAGUCGAUUUGUAAUUUAAAAAUUGCGAAUAAAAUUCGCCAUCUUGAAAAUUAUUACUAGUGUUGGGGUAUAUACGGAAAUAUCUCCUUAAAUAACUUAUAUAGUUAUGUACCAUAUUUUUUUAUGGUUCCACUGUGAGCUAUGGUUGAUAUGAUUUAGGGUGUAGUAUUGUAAAUAAGUACCUGUAAAUAAAAUACAUAGUUUUUAUUAUUCUCCGUCGCUGCAUGUAAUGUAGCGUUCUGUCUGAGAGGGGUAUUUGUUUCUUUUAUAAAUUAUACUAGUUUCACUAUUAAACUUUUUGCAAUUUUGAAAGUUUACAAACUUAAAACCUAUAUUUAUACGAUAACCGAUUAAAAAUACAAAUGUCUCUAUGCGCACGAAAAACACAAUCAAACACAUAAUACAAAUACGACGCUUUUACUGAUUCUUAUAUACCUAUAGGUAAUAAGAAUUUAAACAGAUGCCGAAAUUCGAAGUACUUUCGUAUCUAUACUGUUUUGAGAAUCUAGUUGUUCGCACUUUACUAUAUUUCCUAUUGCCUGAAUGUAGUUAAGUUCUUUGGCGUCCCGUAUAAUUAUGACGCUACCUCGAGAUUCGUGCCAGUUAUGCGUAAUCGAGGACCGCUGGUAUACAUAUGUACUGGUAUACCUAAGCAUGAACUGGCCUGGACGAACGCGAUCAUCGAAUAUCGAAAUUUCGUUAUCUGCCUGUUUGUCAGUCGGAUAUGUAAGAGAGUUUGCGGUAGGCCCUCAUCAACCAGUAUAAAUGACAUAUCAUGUUAGAAAAUGCACUAUUACUCUCCGCACCAGUGUUGCUCGGGCGUUAAUUGCAAUUGACAAUUAACCAUUACAAAUUGAACCGUAAACCGUUACGGUUACAGUUUAUGGUUCAAUUUGUAAUGGUUACUGGUCAAUUGCAUUUAAGUUUCGGCCAACACUGCUCCACACGAUCAUCUAACUCAUGCAAGCGCAAAUAAAAGUAAAAAAUGUUACCGUUACUUGUAUUAAUAUCAGAUACGUCUCAGGGACAUUUUUUUCGGUUUUUUGUAAUACUACAGACAUUAAAAUGGGUGGAAUCGGGAUAUAUCCAUAGUGUAAGCGAAUGGAUAUAGUUUUUGUUUUACCGAACUACCUCAAUAUUCCGUCCAGUACUGAUAGGUACCUAUUAUUAAAAAUAAGUUCCGUCCGUGGUUAUGCUCAAUUAAUUAGUUAGUUGUAAAUAUAAUUAUUUUGUAUAUUUUAUGGUUAAUAUUAUUCAUGAAAAUCUGAUUAAUUUAGGGUUGAUCGAUGACAGUAAGAUGAAUCUGAAAUCAUUUCACAUCAUGUAAUGAAAGUUUUUUUUAUUUAUUAUUGACCUAUUAUUGUAUAUGAAUUACAUGCAAGGAAUUAUUGAAUAAUGAAUAAAAAAGAUGAAAAGAGACAAAAAGUACAUGUAUAAGUUUAUAACAAGCAUAGUUUGGUUUGUUGUAGGACUUGUAGGAUAUAACUUUACUAUGUGAUACCUGUUUUGUUUGGUUAUAAGUACAAUGUCUUGUACUUUCAAACACAAUUCUAUUUUUUGGGCGCUCGUGUACCUACUUUUAUAUAAAAGUGCAACAAAAAACUUAAAAUACUGUUCGUUAGUAAUAUAUACACAUAACUACGAACUUGAAAACAUAUACAUUUGUUUCCUUACUGUUCAUUAUUGAGUUUUUGUCCAUGUAAAUAUACAUCGGUUACCGACUGAAAAUAUUUUUUGAUUUUUCCUUUAUACAGAAUGAUUUUGUUGUGUCUAAGGGAUAAAUAUCUGAACAACGUUUACUAUGAAGUCAACCACGAAAUGGUGAAAAAAAAUCUGCCGUUCCAUAGAAAACGUGGGCUAUUCGCCGAAAUGUUUGAGACAGCCCAAAUUUUUGUUUGCAUUUUCGGGGUUGGGCCCAUAAAAGUUGUUCAGUAUGACCUCCAUAUUAGAGUAUGGUCAGGCAUAAGAUAAUCACUGUGUAUAAGCACAUUUUUACGCUCUUUUCCGUGUAUAUUACAGCAUAUUUUAUAGCUCCCAGUGGAAGUGGGCCUAUGCCCGUUUUGGUACAUCUAUUGGAUACCAAUGUUUUAUACCAGUCAGUUUAGAGAAAUUAUAUUUUAUAAUAUAGGUGUUGUAACUAUGUGAUAAUUUAAGUAGUAUUAAGGAUACUGUAAAAAGCAAGUGUAUAUCUUUUUUACCGUAUUUUGGAAAUAAAAUAAUCAAACUAUA